AUGGCUGAUGCAGAGGAAACGGGCUCGGCGUCUGUGUCGGAGCCCUUGGAUCUGGUCCGUCUGUCGCUCGACGAGAUUGUCUUUGUCAAGCUGCGUGGCGACCGUGAGCUGAAGGGCCGGUUACAUGCCUAUGAUAGUCACUGCAAUCUCGUGCUAGGAGAUGUCGAAGAGACCGUUUACGUGGUAGAGGAGGACGAGAACGAGGAGGAGACUAUCCGGACAAUCAAAAAACAGGAGGAAAUGCUCUUUGUUCGAGAGGGACAAGAAGUCUGUGGCCAUGAUGGGAUCAGCCGAGCUGAAACUACGAUCCAGGAAAUCGGAGGAGUCAAACAAACGCACGAGGAACGACGGCGAGGAGAGACGGCGCUGAGCGACUUUGCCGACUACGUCGAGAAGCAGCAGGCACGCCGCGUAGCCCAAUGGGCGCCCAGCGACAGCGGAUAUGAGACCGCGAGCGUUUCUCGAUACACCGAAGAUCAUGCCGAGCUCGAUAUUAUUGACGAGCUAGGUCUGUCCGAUGCGCCGCCCAAGCAUGUCCGGUUGAAAGACCUACUGCUAGGCACGGGUGGCAAGGAGGAGACCGAGGCGGAGGAUGAGGAAGAGGAUGACAGCCUGCAGGUGCUGGCGGGUGUUUUGCAGGCCCGUGUCGACGAGGGCCACGGCGAGACUAUCUUUGAUAUCGGCCUGGAGGAUGGCGGGGACUCGAUGGGCUUUGAUCUCCAGCAAUGGAACACCGCCCUGCGCCGGGUGCGAGGGGCGGCGGAGACCCUCCCGGCCCACUGCCGGAUACUGGUGACUUAUAAUGUUGGCGGGCCGGAAGAGUCCAAGGUCAAGCACGAGCGGUUCAAAGAUGUGUGCGGUAAGGUCCUCAUCCGACAGCCGGCGGGCUCGGUGGAGGAGAUGGCGGAGAUCCGUAUCGCAGUCGUGGGUAAUGUCGAUGCGGGCAAAAGCACCAUGCUGGGCGUUCUGGUAAAAGGAAACCUUGACGAUGGUCGCGGCAAGGCUCGAGUCAAUCUGUUCCGUCACAAGCACGAGAUUGAAAGCGGUCGCACCAGCUCGGUCGGCCUGGAGAUCAUGGGCUUCGACAGCCGGGGCGACAUCGUCGCCACCCAGCAAGGCCGCAAGCUGUCCUGGGGGGAGAUCGGCAGGCGCUCUGCCAAGGUGAUUGCCUUCUCCGACUUGGCCGGACACGAGCGCUAUCUGCGCACAACCGUCUUUGGCAUGCUGAGCAGCGCCCCCAACUACUGCCUUUUAAUGGUUGCCGCCAAUAACGGCUUGGUCGGGAUGAGCAAGGAGCAUCUCGGCAUCGCUCUCGCUCUCAACGUGCCCGUCAUGGUUAUCAUCACCAAGAUCGACAUCUGCCCGCCCCAGAUCCUUCAGGAAACCAUCUCGCAGUUGGCCAAGAUCCUCAAGUCGCCCGGCGCGCGCAAGAUCCCCAUCUUCAUCAAGGACAUGGAAGAGACCAUCAACACUGCCACACAGUUUGUCAGCCAGCGCAUUUGUCCCAUCUUCCAGGUCUCCAAUGUCACCGGGGAGAACCUGGAGCUCGUCCGCACGUUUCUCAACAUCCUGCCAUACCGGGGUCAGUACAACCCUGAUGCUCCAUUCGAGUGCCUCAUCAAUGAUACCUUUUCGGUGCCCUUCGUGGGUACCGUCGUCUCCGGGGUGGUCAAAUCGGGCGUGGUCCACGUCGGAGACACCGUGGUGGUUGGCCCGGACUCGCUGGGCCAGUUCACAACCACCACCAUCAAGACCAUCGAGCGUAAGCGAAUCCAGGUGAACGCCUGCUUUGCAGGGCAGUCGGGCUCCUUUGCGCUCAAGCGGGUGCGCAAGAAAGAGGUGCGCAAGGGGAUGGUCGUCCUCUCGAAGACGGAUCAGCCGCCAAAGGUCUUCCGAGAGUUCGUUGCAGAGGUUCUCAUUCUCUCCCACGCAACUACCAUCAAGCCCCGUUACCAAGCCAUGCUCCACGUCGGUGCCGUCAGCCAGACCUGCUCUGUGAUCGAUAUCGACCGGCCGUUCAUCCGAACAGGCGACCGGGCGCUGGUCGCCUUCCGGUUCCUGCAACGUCCGGAGUUCCUCUCGCCUGGCGACCGUGUGCUCUUUCGCGAGGGCAAGACCAAGGGGCUGGGCAUCGUCAAGAGCGUGGGAUAUGACCCGGCCAAGCCCCUCAACCCGGAGGCUAAACAAGCAGAGGCUGAGAAGAAGUAG